AUGGUGGAGACGAUCACGACUGCAGUGCAAGACGUCUUCCCGUGGACUCGGAGCCAUAAGCACUGGGUGGUUAUAGGAAUGAGCUGCAUCGGGUUCCUCCUGGGACUCAGCAUGUGCUUUGACGGUGGUUUCUAUAUGUUUGUCCUAUUUGACAAUUACUCUGCCACUUGGUCUCUCAUGAUACUCUCCAUCUUAGAAGUUCUUCUCAUCGCUUACGUCUAUGGAUAUGACAAGUUCAAGGAGAAUCUGGCUGAGAUGAUGGGACCCAAUAAUUUGUUCUUCGAUUACUACUGGUCAAUCACUUGGCGUUUCGUCUCACCUAUAACACUCACUGUGCUUAUGUUCCUCACGUGGAUACAGUACACCCCCGUAAAAGUGGGAGACUAUGCGUUCCCAUCCGAAAUUGAGGGACUUGGAUGGUGCAUGGCUUUCAUAUCUAUCCUCCCAGUACCGAUUUUCGCCGGGUAUCAAAUCCACAAGGCAAAGAAGGAAUCAAAGCCUCAAAUUUCAGUGUGGCAAGUUCAAGACUCCUUCUACGACCACGCGCGGGAGUCCAGCUCUGUAGAGUUCUUUGGAGAUAUUCAGAGAAAUGGGAAGAAAAUAGAAGAAAGCUACGACAAUUCUGACUUCAAUAGUGGUGCUCUGUCUCGGUCUAAGCCUGCACGUUCGUAUGGCUACGUCAAUGAAGACGCUGCCACUCACAUGUGAUCUGCAAGCACAAGUUUCUGGAGAUUCUGUCACAUUCAAUCCACC